AUGCUCUGCCGCCUACCUGCGUGGGAGGCCGCUCAUGUGGAUGCGUAUUUGCCGGCUUUCUAUUUCUUCUCCGUGGGGGUCGAUCGAUGGACGUGGUCGUGGGUGUAUUUCCUUCUGUCGGCGCGUUUUGUGUCUGUUCGCGAUGUCUGUUUUGUCGAGGUUGUCGUUGUGUUUGAUUCCGUAAAGGUUGUUGUGAUUGUUGUGCUACCUGCAUCUCAGUCGCAUCUGAUAAUGCGACGCCAGAAGCUUCAUUUGUUCCAUCUCGGCCUUGACCUCGACCAUGACCACGUCCUCGGCCACUAUGAGAACCUCGGCCAGGUCCUCCUCGUCCUCGUCCGCGAAAUCUGGAGUGUCCUCUGGUACUAUUUUCUGAGCUCGCCACUACGGGAGGCGCAACUGCGGCCUCAGCGGCGCUCAUGCUCGUCCCGAAAUUGCUCGUGCAGGAAUCUAUAA